AUGCCAGACGCUAAAGAUGAUAGCAUACAGGCGCAGCAAGGAAGCUCUGUUUACGCUGCGCUUGCGCGAACGACUACAAGAAGCAUCGCUCUCUACUUCUCGAGACCAGUACGGUUGUUCAGACCGUCCAAAGUCACCGGAUGGCAGACUCUCAAAAGCCUUGCAAUUCAAGAAGGCGUGACCUUAUCGCCAAAAUACAUUUAUCGCUUGGUGCGGGAACAAGGGUUUAUGGUCAUACCCAAACAUUUCAUUCCGCCUAUGGUUGUCAACGCCAUCUUAGGCACGGUGCUAUGGGCUUCAUAUGCAGAAGCAUCGCUGCUCCUUGAGUCCCGUCUCCAGGGUCACCCUUUGAUAUCCACGGCAUUAUCCGGGGGUAUAGCUGGAGGAAUGCAAGCUGUAGUUGCUGCACCGGUCGAGAACGUCAGAUUAGUGCUCGAAGGCGGUUCCUCAGCAGGCAGCUGGGGCCAUGCUUGGAAGGAAGUCUUUAGAGGGACACAUUCCCAGACAUCACAAAUAUCAAAAAAGAAGAUUCAAGAUGCGCGGAUGUACCGGCAUUGGAUGAGGGAAGUGAAAGGUAUGGCGGGUCGUGGAUGGGAUGGUUGGGGUUGGGGUUGUGCCAAGGACAUUUGCGGUUUCUCCGUAUUUUUCUCCAUAUUCGAAGCCACGCGGGGUGUCGCCGCUAAUGUAAGAAAGACAUGUCAAAGGACCAUAGAAGCCCUUCGCUCAGUGGACGGGGAUGCCUCUGUCGUCCGUCACGCCCCGCGUCUUGUCCAUGCUACCACACUAGUAUCUGGAGGCAUACUUGCCGGAAUCUCAUAUGAAUUGGUAUGUAGGCCCUUUGACGUCGCUCGGAAGGCAGUCUACGUCGAGAAGAUAGCGGCUGUGCGGGGCCAUAGACCAGCAGCGUACAUACACGCAUUACUGAUGAAGGUGCAAGAAGAUGGUCCUAUUAGUCUAUUCCGGGACCCGAGCCUGCUCCGUGCCACUAGGAGCCACUCGGGUCCAUCCAGUAGGAAGAGAGUGGAGGCUAUGCUACGUAUUCUUGCCAGAGCCGGUCCAUGGGGAAUAGGGUUUCUGGUGUGGGAGGCUUUCGGGCCAGGAAUAUCAUGA